GAUUUUCCAGAAAAAUCCCGUUCUCGCCGCGAGUCUGCGACGACUUCCCGCGCCCGGAUGCAAUCAGACGGAGAAGCCAAUGCUCGCGUUCUCGAUCAUUCUCGCGCCACCGUGCCGGCGCCUAUAAAGACGUCGACGAGAGGAGCAUCCGCGCACGCACGGUGCUCGUUCGGUACAGCCAAGCCUCGGAGUAAGAUUUGCAAGAUUCACGCGAAGCUAAUCUGGAAUAGAAGAUCGUCAUGUCUUUGGCGCUCUCGCGGAUGCUGAUCGACAGGUUCUUCCCCGACGCCACCGGCGUCGGUGAAGCACGGCCACCGACGGACUGGAGGGAGACGCCGGGGGCGCACGUGUUCGAGAUGGACCUCCCUGGGCUGGCCAAGGAGCAGGUGGCCGUCGAGGUGGUGGACGGCCACAUCCUGCGCGUCCGCGCCGGCGGCGAACACGAGGACGGCAGUGGCGUGGGCGAGACGGGGAAGGCCGGCGGCGAGGAGGAGGAGGACGGCGACGCCGUGAGGUGGCACUGCAGGGAGAGGGCCACCGGCGCCGCGGGGAGGCGACGAGCGGUCGUGACGCAGUUCCGGCUGCCGGAGGACGCGGCCGCGGACAAGGCGAGCGCGCGGAUGGCGGACGGGGUGCUCACGGUGACCGUGCCCAAGCGGAAGGGAGUCGGCAAGAAGCUGCGCCACGGCAAGGCGGCCGGCGACGAUGGCAAGCCAGUGUGCUGCCGGUUCUGGCCGUGACGCCAACUGGCCCUCCUAAAAAACCACGCGCUCUCGCCGCCAUGGGAGUCGCCGCGCCAGCGCGCUGCACGAGUGCGCUCGUACAAUUGUAGUAAAUAGGUGAAAUGGUCAAUUCUGUAGUGAUCUCCGUGUGCUUGUGGUUUGGUUGUGACUAGUGACAGUGACUACUAUCCUCUACUGCCUCCUCUGCAACACAAUCCAUUUCAGACUUCCAUCAUGUCUUCUUCAUCGUAAUUAAUUCAUAAUGAG